UGUUGUUUUUAUUAUUUGCUGCAAAAUACUUGCUGUGUCUUUUUUCAGUGUUAUUCAAGAUGGCAUACAGGAGAAUAUCUCAAGGAAGUAUUGAGACUACUUGAAAAGCCAGUUAGUCCUAGGAAUCAGAAUCCUGUCGAUGUAAGUUCUGAUAGUGAUGCUGAAAUUUCUGAAAGACUACACCAGCUUGCAGAUGGUUUACCAGAUCAAGGAGUUCCCAUUGAUGUCUUUUGGUUCAUUUGUGGAAAGACCAAUGUGCCAAUCAGGUCCCAUCUGCACCUGUUUGGAGCAUUAAAGCGCUUGCAGCAAUGGCAUAAUGCUAACAUAACUGUUCUUUGCAGUAAUGAGUUUGACAGGAAUUCCUUUAUGAAGUCUUGGCAGAAUAGUCUGAAGUUUUCAAUCUCACAGCUAAACCAAAAUGAUAUCACUACAAAACUAUUUAAUCCAUCAGUUGUAUGGCAAGGUUCUCUGAUCUUUGGUGAGGGUCAAACACGAACUGAACUGCCAGGAUUCAAUUCGUGUUUUGAAAAGAGCAAGAAGAAGAUGGAACCCAGUUUCAGUUUGUCUCAAUGUCAAGAAAAAAGAAACGAAAAAAGUUCCACUGAUGUUGCAAAUUGUCUGCACAUUGCACCUGAGAUAACUAUCCUCUGCAAAGUUCAGAAGCACACUGUUCCUUUCCACAUGUUUCUGCCAGUAAGACUAGGACUGUAUCCUUUUCUGUAUUAG